UGUGAAAACGAAAUACCUCAUCGUCUCCUCCAAACAACUAAAAAUAACGUGACGAUCUCUAAUUGUUCAAUUGCGUCCAGAUUUGCAAGCGAGUACAUCUCUAUCUGACAUACAACGUCCGACAUUCCCAACACGAAGGACCUUUUCAGAAAAUCUCUUCGGGCCUAGAAUUCCCACACGCUACUGUCGAUAAGCCUCGAGCCAAUAUUCUGUGUGGCUUGUUCACCCCCUCACCUCCCCUCACCCUCACUUUCACAAAAACAUAACAACAGAUCAAGAUGUCUGUCGUCGGUGUUGAUUUUGGCAGCUUGAACACGGUUAUUGCUGUCGCAAGAAACCGUGGCGUCGAUGUGAUUACCAAUGAGGUUUCUAACCGUGCCACUCCUUCCCUCGUCGGUUUUGGACCAAAAGCGAGAUACCUCGGUGAGGCUGCGAAGACACAAGAGAUCUCGAACUUAAAAAACACAGUCGGGUCGCUGAAGCGCCUGGCUGGUCGUGCUCUGUCCGACCCCGAUGUCGCAAAGGAGCAGAAGCACAUCUCCGCACCCCUCAUCGACAUCAAUGGCCAGGUCGGUGCUGAGGUGACUUACCUUGGCAAGAAGGAGCAGUUCACCGCUACCCAGCUUAUCUCGAUGUUCUUGGGCAGAGUCAAGGCCACCGCCGCCGCUGAGCUCAAGCUUCCAGUCAAGGAGAUUGUCAUGAGCGUGCCAGCAUGGUUCACCGACGUCCAGCGCAGAAGCUUGAUGGACGCCGCUGAGAUCGCCGGUCUCCAGCUCCUCCGUCUCAUGAACGACACCACCGCAGCCGCGCUUGGCUGGGGUAUUACAAAGCUCGACCUCCCCACCGCAGAGGAGAAGCCAAGGCGUGUCGCAUUCGUCGACAUCGGCCACAGCGACUACACUUGCUCCAUUGUCGAGUUCCGCAAGGGCGAGUUGACCGUCAAGGGUACCGCAUACGACCGCGACUUUGGUGGACGUGACUUCGACACCGCUCUCGUUGACCACUUCGCGGCUGAGUUCAAGGAGAAGUACAAGAUUGACAUCAAGACCAACCCCAAGGCUAUGGUCAGAGUUGCGGCUGGUGCCGAGAAGCUGAAGAAGAUCCUCUCCGCCAACCAGCAGGCGCCCCUCAACAUCGAGUCUCUGAUGAACGAUGUUGACGUCCAGUCCGUGCUCAAGCGUGAGGAGUUGGAGGCUCUUGUUGAGCCGCUCCUCAAGCGUGCCCACAUUCCUCUCGAGGAGGCCCUCGCACAGGCCAAGCUUAAGGUUGAGGACAUCGAUACCAUCGAGGUUGUCGGCGGUUGCACUCGUGUCCCCGCCCUGAAGGAGCGUAUCCAGAACUUCUUCGGCAAGCAAUUAUCCUUCACCAUCAACCAGGAUGAGGGUGUCGCCAGAGGUUGCGCUUUCAGCUGCGCCAUCCUGUCGCCCGUUUUCCGUGUCCGCGACUUCACCAUCCACGACAUCGUCCCAUACCCCAUUGAGUUCAACUGGGAGAAGUCUGAGGACAUCCCAGAUGAGGACACCUCCCUGACCGUCUUCAACAAGGGCAACGUCAUGCCAUCGACAAAGAUCCUCACAUUCUACCGCAAGCAAAACUUCGACCUCGAGGCGAGGUACGCCAAGCCAGAGGACCUCCCCGGAGCCAUUAAGCCAUGGAUCGGACGCUUCUCUGUCAAGAACGUCAAGGCUGAUUCCAAGGAUGAUUUCAUGAUCUGCAAGCUUAAGGCACGCAUUAACCUCCACGGUAUCCUCAACGUCGAGCAGGGAUACUUCGUCGAGGAUGUCGAGGUCGAGGAGCCAAUCCCCGAGGACAAGGACGAGAAGAAGGAUGCCGAUGCCAUGGACACCGACGGUGAGCCCAAGGCACCAAAGAUGCGCAAGGUCAAGAAGCAGGUCCGCAAGGGCGAUCUGCCAAUCUCCGCCGGCACCGCAUCAUUAGACCCAGAGACCAAGGCCACGGCUGCGGAGAGGGAGAACAACAUGUUCAUGGAGGACAAGCUUGUUGCGGAUACCGAGGAGAAGAAGAACGAGCUCGAGACUUACAUCUACGAGAUGAGAAACAACAUCGAUGACAAGUACGCCGAGUUCGCCAGCGACGCUGAGAAGGAGAAGCUAAAGGCGAGACUCGAGCAGGUCGAGGACUGGCUCUACGAUGAGGGUGAGGACACCACCAAGGCCGUCUACAUCGCCAAGUACGACGACAUCCGCUCCCUCGCCGGCCCCAUCGCCCAGCGCUACUUCGACAAGCUCGAGGAGGAGAGGCAAGUUGCGCAGGCCAAGCUGGACGCCGAGCUUGCGGCCAAGCGCGAGGCUGCCGAGGCGGCCAAGAAGACCGAGAAGCCCGCGGAAGAGCCGGUCAGCAAGGAGGAGGAUAUGACUGAUGCCGACACGCCCGCCGUUGAGGAUGUCGAGUAAACGUUUUAAUUAUACGGUUUUCUCUCACGAUGCGAUGACGGUUGCUGCACCACGAAAUAGGGAGGCGGCGAGGUAAAGGGAUGACGAUGAUCUGGAAAGAAAAGAGUCUUAGACUUUAUGAUAGCCGUUUGCAACCAUGGAUGUUCAGACUUUUUAGAUGGAAAUGAAACCCGGAUAUACUUUAUUGUGUGUCAUGACUUUUUUGUCUGUUCAGCGCGUUGAUUGUUUUCUUUUCCGUGACGGGUGUUGGGAGGAUCAUAAUGAAGUUAUAGACUAUUAGAUAGAACUCUUUCUGGUUUUGGGGUACUUCGCAUUAUUCGACCAUUGGUUCUCCAAGUGACAAAUGCAUCAGACGGCAAAAUACCAAUUAGAACUGAAAAUAUAUAUAUAUUGAUUCCAA